AUGGAGGAACGGUUUAAUUUGCCCGAUGGACAUAUACUCAACCUACAGGCCCGAUUACGCAAUCUUAAACACGCAAAAAAUGAUGCUGAAGAGACAGAAUGCGAUCUAGCCCAGGAACCUGCAACAGGGACCCAACCUUGUCAGUUCCCUUCAGAAAGCAGAGACCCAAAAUCCACACCGGAGGCCUCACUACGGAAAGUCACACCUACACGGCUCCCGAUGCCGAAGAAGAUCGCGGACAAAGCUAGGGGACAAUACACGGAGAAGUCACCCGUGGCCGAACAUGGAGAGCAUUCCCUAGGCAGGCGUGUCCGGGCUAAGGUGCCCCCUAUACCAUUAGAACGCCGUCCAGCGAAGUCGGCUGAUAAAGAUCGUGAGCAGUACUGGCAAAAGGUCAAAGAGAAAUUUGACAGGGAGUCCCCUCGUUCCUCACGAGCCAAAGACAAGCACAAGGAUUACUACUACGGAGCCUACCAAAAGAUCCUAUCAUUGACUGGCUCUCCGAAACAGGAAACCACCAGACAUAAACUAAAACAUGUCGGAAAGGAUCUUGAAAAGGCCUCAAUGCAAAGUGCCAUUCCCAGGUCUGCAGCAGUCGAUCACAAUCUCAGCUGCCGACACGACCCUGCUCCCAGCUCUAAGGGCGAGCUUUCAGGCCCAAGCAAAUCACGAUCGAAUAAGGACCAAAGGAAGGCUCUUGAAACCGGCGACGCUGCAAAUCGGAGGUUACCAGAGCGACACGAUACAGCUACAGACUCAUCCGCUCAUUCUCGCCUCUCUAUAUCACCUGUAUCAGGGCCUUGCAGUUCGAUAACCGAAUGGGAGGAUAGGUUUGUCGUGAACAUGCCGUCAGCUAAAGAGCCAAAUCCACCCACCAUGAGUGCGCAUCAGAUCGCUGAGUUUCAGCGAAGCAUAGAUAAGGUUCAUAAAGAGGGAGAGGCAAUGCUUGAUCCAGACACUUUACCCAGUCCACGGACCACAACCCCAGAAGACAAGUUUCGCUUUCCAGAAUCUCAGGCAAGGAAAAUGGGCAAUCUUGACAGCCAAGACUCCAAUGCAGCAUCUCUGGCAGUGUCAGAUGAACCCAUGUCAUCGCAACAGCCCAGUAAUGGUCGAUACUACUGCCCCGAUGAGAUUGGGAAACCGCGAUUUAGCACAAUCUGGGAAGAGUCACCGUCACGGUCAAAAUGUAAAGUUGCCACAGCAUUAAACAUUGAUGGGUCUUUUUUAGGGUGCAAAGAAAUGAACGGGCCGAACGACAAAAAUCCCGACGAGAUAUUGCUUUUCUCAACCGCGGGCGAGCGUCCCGUGCACCCCAGAGUAGUCGACGUGUCAACUUCCGUUCCCAGGAAUCUUAGAGAAUGGAAGAAGGCCGAUCCUCGUCAAGCGACGGUAUUUGACCAGAAGACUGUCGUUCAAGAAGAGUGGAAACCAAUUUCUCAGAAUUUGAAGCAUGCCCAAUGCUCGAAGCCGUCGACCACUACAAUGUGCCGCGAGAACAACUGCCGGCCACCAGAAAGGGCAGAGAUUUCCGCUCCCAAAGCUUCGGGCAAGGAGAACACGAGCCGUACCCAGAAUUUGACCAAGGUCCCAGAACAAUGGAAAUGCAGCCAAGAGGACAAUGUGUUCAUUAUCACACCCACUAUCAAACGCACUAUGAUGUCUAUGGUAGACAUGAGAGGUGCGGCAGAUAGAUCCUCUGCACCGAAGGAACCCGCCUCCCAAGCAGGAGGCGAGACCAUCACCGACGCCAGAGCAAAGCCUCCAACGAACUCUACACCAUCGGGUUUACGUCGAGCGACGCAGACCUCGUGGGGAAAGUUAAACACGCAAUACAUAACGUUGUCAAAGGCUAGUCCCACAACAAACUGUACCGCCGCCCAAAAUCAGGCAGAAGCUCGACAAAACAACAUAGAACACCCACACCCUAUCCGUGGGUACAUCCGUACCACAGGCAUGGUAAAAUCGUCCACGGAAAAUCAUAUCCGACGCUCGCUCAAUAGUCAACAAUCCCAGGUCCAUGGUGCGGGCCCCGAUAACGAAAAUGUGACCCCAAUGAGAAGUGUGACAGAUCCAGCUCAAUUUGCCAAGUCUACUUCGGCCCAAAAGCCAAUAGUCCCAACUACGUCCCCUACCGGCGAUCAACAAGCACUGAAGGCCACAGCACGAAGUGCUAGGAUCUUCGAAGUAGCUGAGCUAGAUGGACAACAGGUGGAUGACUUAAAGGACGAGCCCAAGGAACAAGUAUUGCGUCCCAAAAGCACUACCACAAUCAACAGCAGCUCACACAAUGCCAAUGUUGAGAUACAGGAGACUGUUAAAGACGCGGUGGUGGAUUCCGUGACUUUCGGCCUCAUUAUCGACAUAAUUGUCUUAUCAAUCGCCCAAGCCCAAGGGCUGUAUGACCAGAUCAUAGCCAAUCGGAAUUCCCGGACGGAGUUGCUGAAGGUUUCCUUGACCUGCAUUUUGAGAAUGGCUGGUCAUUGCUUAUAUGUGCUCUGGAACGUUUUGACGGCUUGUUACGUGUACAACACCACAGGAUCUUGGCCGAGACCGAACGAAAAGGACCUUGCUCGGUCUUUGACGGAGCUUGGACAAGCCGUGAUUUAUCUCGUUGCUUUGGGGUUCAUCAUGAUGGUGGUGGGCCGAGCGGCCGGGUAUAUAGUGCUGGUUGGAAGUUGGGUGGUGUGGGUGACCAAACCAUUUGGAUGGAUCCUGGGGGCUUUAGGAAGGGCUCUAUUGGCGUGA